AUGGAGGAUGUGCAUCCAAACUGUACUUUUGGAUGUAAUGAUGUAGAAUCGGCAAAACACCUUUUGAUUUUUUGCCCUUAUGCUAAAUCGGUUUGGGCUGCAGAACCAAAUCUUAUAGAAGCUUGUUUUUACAGUAAUACAACCUUCUUAGAUAUCUUUAAGGAUUGGAUGGGGAAACAUAAUCAAAUUAUCUCUAUAGAAUUAAUUUUAACUAAAGCUUGGUUUAUCUGGAAAGACAGAUGUGACAGAGUGUUUGAAAAGACACAAAAAUCAGGUGCACAAUUGGGUAUAGAAAUACAAGGAUUCUUAGAUUUCUGGUCUAAAGGUAAACAUUCUAUUCUUCGCGUGAGUAUUGGCCAUAUGAGAUCUCCUACUUGGAAUGAUGCUGGUGGUUUUGAACAAGGACGAGCUGGACCGUUCGCAGCCUCUACCGCUGAAGAAGCAGAAGCAUUAGGACUGCUGCAAGGAGCGAAAUGGGUGGUUGAAAGAGGAUUGUCCAACUUUUUGGUGGAAGGAGACUGUUUCUUUUAUGUCCCGAGAACUGCGAACAUUGUAGCAGAUACUUUGGCAAAGGAAGCCAAAUCUUUUAGUCAUAUUUUGAAUUGGGAGACUAUACCUCCUUCUUGUAUUAAGGAUGCCCUUGAAGUAGAUAAAUCUAAUGUUAGGAUGGUGACCUCCAUUCCUACAUUUGACGGCUCUACUUCCUAUGAUUUAGCCAUGCAUGAAUCCAAUAAGAAAAAUCGCUUACCAUUCCGCACUCUAUAUGCUCUUUUCAUCUUCUUCUCACUUAUAAUUCAAUAUCUAGUAUCCUGUCAUGGCUGCAUUGACACUGAAAGAAACGCCUUGCUUAGCGUCAAAUCAGCUCUGGCUGACCCUGCAGGACGUUUGUCGUCAUGGAAUGUAGACCGUCACCGGAACUGUUGUUCUUGGGACGGUAUCAUAUGUUCUACAGAAUCAUUUCGUGUCAUUUCAAUUGAUCUUCGAAAUAUAGAACUCGAAAACUACCUCAAAGAUGUUGAUUUAUAUCAGCGUCAACCAAAUACUUCACUUAGUGGUAAGAUAUCUCCUUCUUUGUUGGAUCUAACUCACGUUCAGUAUCUUGACCUUAGUUUCAAUGAUCUACUAAACUACUCAAAAAUCCAGUAUCAGCUUUCAAAACUCCAUAAUCUCCUUCAUCUUGAUAUCUCCUAUUCACCGUUUCCCGGCUCCAUUACAACACAGUUUGCUAAUUUAUCUUCUCUACGAUACCUCGAUGUUUCUAAUCACAUCCAAAAUAUUGUUCCCAGCAGUUUAAGUAUUAGUACACUUCCCUUUUACGUUAAUUCUCCUUCCAUAGAUUGGGUUAAAGAGUUGGUCAAUCUGAGGGUACUGAGAUUGAAUGGUGUUGAUAUAUCCGAGGCAACAACGAAAAAGAAUUGGGCUAAACCAAUAUCAUUUCUUGCUGAUCUUGAAGAACUUCAUAUAUCGGAUAGCGAUAUCUCUAGUCCAGUUUUUCCUAUCCGAGAGCUACUCAAUCUUUCUCGACUAUCAAAUCUACAAAUGAACUUCCAUAGAAAUCUCGACUCUCCUAUCCGAGAGCUACUCAAUCUUUCUCGACUAUCAAAUCUACAAAUGAACUUCCAUAGAAAUCUCGACUCUCCUAUCCCAACUCAAAUUGCCAACCUUACUUCCCUCUCUGUCCUUGAAUUAGCUGGUUGUGAUAAUUUGUAUGACCCAGUUCCUUACCUUCCUCAGCUUCAAAGGCUGGAUGUAAGACAAAACUAUAAUCUUUAUUUAAGUUUUACAUCCAUGUUUGAACGUCAAUGGCCUAAACUCCAAGCACUUUGGACUUCUUCCACUGUUGUAAACGAGACGAUUCCGAGUUCCAUUUCGAAUGCUCCCAUGCUGGUUAGUCUUUUCGCAUCAGGCUGUUCAAUAAAAGGAUCCUUGCCUGCAACAAUUUCAUCUCUUUCAAAAUUGCAGUAUCUUGAUCUCUCUUCAAACAGUUUUACUAUUCUCGACACAUUGGAUUUGUCUGAUAACAAUCUUAUGGGAGCUAUACCAUCAUGUCUAUUUCAAAACCAAAACCUCACCAUCUUAGAUCUUUCAAAAAACAAUCUCCAUGGAACCUUACCACGUGCUUUUCAUUUUGAUGAUAAUCAUUUCAUGUCCAUUAAUUUGUCGAGAAACUUUCUAGAAGGUUCACUUCCUGUUCCCUCUCGAAUGAAUAUGGCUUUCGAUUUGUCACAAAAUCAGUUCACUGGUGGAGUCCCAUUUGAAGUCGGAGAAAGGCUUUCUAAUGCUCGCCAUGUUUUAUUAUCUAGUAAUCAACUAUCAGGUCGGAUUCCUCUCUCAUUCUGUUCGAACUACAAAGCCUUGCAAUCGAGUAUUAGCAUUCAUGUUCUUGAUCUCUCCAAUAACACCUUAACUGGAAAUAUACCUUCUAGUUUGGGGAACUGCAGCUCUCUCACUGUUCUACACCUUGGCAUGAAUAAUCUCACCGGAGAGGUUCCUAAGGAACUUGCACAAAUUACAAUGAUAUAUCUCCUGUUGCACGAUAACCUUCUCAAAGGUACUUUUCCAAAGUUCAUCAAAAAAUUUGAACAACUAAAUGUUCUUACUUCGGGAAACAACAACUUUGAAGGUAAUUUACCAACUUUCUUUGCCAACUUUCCAUAUCUUCGUAUUCUAUCUUUAAGGUCAAACAAGUUCAAUGGAUCCAUUCCCAAAGAAAUCAGCAAUUUGCAGAACCUCCAGAUCUUAGAUUUAUCAAAUAAUAAUUUCUCCGGUCCGUUUCAUGGCAAGAUUGGUAAUAUGGCGAUGUUAAGAAGUAGACCGAAUGACACGUUCGCAGUUUACAGUGGUGGUUGGAGAAUCCCAGAUUAUCGAUUAGAAAUAGUGAUCAAAGGGGUCCCGCAGUAUGUUCAACGCGUACAUGGUUACAAUUCAGGUAUCGAUCUUUCAAACAACAUUAUCGAUGGAUAUAUCCCUCAAGAAAUAGGUUUACUAAAAGGGCUUGCAAUGCUUAAUUUAUCACAUAAUCAUUUCCACGGCAAAAUACCGUCAAGCGUAGGAAACAUGACCGGUUUAGAGUCUUUGGAUCUGAGUUUCAAUAAGCUGUCUGGAGAGAUCCCAAUGGAAUUGGCAUCAGCAAGCUAUCUUGGGUAUUUAAAUCUAUCUUACAAUAAUUUGAGUGGCAGAGUCCCUGAAGAUGUUCACUUCCAAGGUCUAGGUGGGGAUGGUUCAGCUUUCCUCGGUAACGAACUUUUGUGUGGUGUUCCUACAAAGAAGCGUUGCGACGGUGAUCCCAUUGGUCCUACGAGUAGUGGUGGUACUGGUGAUAACACCAACCUACAUGUAACACGUGAUGAAGACGGCGCAAGAGAUAAGAUGUUGUUAUUGGUUUCUGUUAUUUUGGGUGUGGGAGUAGGGUUUUGGGGUCUGUUCUUAGGUUUGCUUUGCAGAAAAAACUGGUGGUUUGGGUACUGGAGAGUUGUUGAUACUGUUGCCGGAAAGAUAGGAGGUUGUAUCAAGAAAAAAGUAUAGGUGAUUGUAAUUGGGAAUUGGGAUGGUGAUCUAAUAUAUAGCAUGAUUUAUAAAAGGAUACCACUAUUAGCGGGUGAUAUCAAUUGAGGAUCCGACGGUGAGGAUCUGUUAACAUUUUUUUUCCUAUAUGAAUUGGU